AGCCAGUGCCAGCACGGGGACAUGCGACACACCGGGGACGGCCGUCGUCUGAGCUGUUGUCUACCCAGCGAGCUGAAACACAAGGCCGGGCCUUUCAGGAUCAUCCAUUCAGCGGCUCCCUGUCUGGACGGCCCUUGUUGUCUGAUCGCACGUCUCGCCCGCUACAUAAAGCAGCCCAUUCUUUUCAUAGGUUCGACCAGAGCUGUUAAACUUGUCCAUGUGACAGGAAUCCCAAAUUGGUAGAAGGCAUGAAGCAACACUGUGAUAUCUCUGUGGCUGGUCCAUGACACCAAACCCCACUCAAACCCUUUCACUAUUCACCUACCCUCUGCUCUCAUCACGCCAGACUACCACUCACUCACAUUUACACCAAGCUGCAAUAUGGCCAGCAAAAGGAAAUCCACUGUGCCCUGCAUGAUACCAUCCAAAUCCAAACAUGCACGUGAGGAAAUUGUUCUGGGCUCGCUACCAGAACUCCUACCAACAAUCCCAGAAGACAGCAUUCUCAGCAUCUCUGGAGAGGAGUCGGCCCACUUUUCUCACAGCUCCUCCAAAUCCGAAAGCAGCAGUGAAACGCAGAAAGGAGGUACUUACAGCUGCGUCACUUGCCGAUUCGAGUCCAGAGAUCUAAAUUACUUUUUGGAUCACAUGCAUAACUGCCACUUAGACUUCAGAGCCCAACCCACCUUCUACUGCCUGAACUGCGGGGUGUCGGUUGUCCGCUUCGAGGCUCUGGCGCUGCACAACGCUAACGCCCACCCCAAGAUUAUGGAGGGCUUGGUUACUGCCUCCCUCAGUGUCAACAAAAGAGAUGGAGUAACAACUGUAGAGCAAAGCCUCUUUACAGACAGUGGAGAAGACAACAAAGAAUCUGGGAUCUCCCUCACUAAAACACCAAUCGCAAAGUUGAUGAAAGCCAAGGGGGAGCACAAAAAGAUUGUUGUAUCUCACACUGUGGAGGUACGGAAGAUAGACACUGGAAAGGAUGCAGACCUUACCCUGCUGAAUAAUGUGCCUGAACUCCAAAACGGGGCUCUCAGUACGUCUGGGACCCCAGCUAUGCCGAGGACCACUGUCACUCAUGUGAUUACGACAGUGUCCAACCAAGUCUUUCACCAGCACACUCCUCCUCUUUAUUCCCCCACUUCCUCUGACGCGAAUAAAGAUCUUCCAAAGGUGAUGAUCCCUCUCAGCAGCAUCCCCACCUACGAUGCCGCCAUGGAUACUAGCAGUUUUCUCAAGACAUCGUUUGGCAAAUUUCCCUACCCGACCAAAGCCGAGCUCUGCUACCUGACGGUGGUUUCGGAGUUUCCAGAAGAGCAAAUCAAGCUAUGGUUUACUGCCCAAAGGCUUAAACAGGGCAUCAGCUGGUCUCCUGAAGAGAUCGAGGAGGCCAGGAGGAAGAUGUUCAACACUGUUUUCCAAGGAGGAGCACCCCAGAAGCAACCUGUGACAGCACAACAGGUCAAUCACAUCGUAACUCACCACACUGUCACUGGCCUUCCAGGCUCAAAAGGACCAAACUUUCAGAUGGCCAAAGUUCCAUACAGUGGUAUAAAACCAAGGCCCGUUGGAGUCAUAGCGACACAGGCCAACUUGUCAACCAAGCCGCAUGUGACAAGGGUCUCGUAUUCUUCUCCGGUUGCCCCACCAAAGUUUCCAUGUACUGCUCGAGCAACACAGGAGCCUACUAAGAGCACUGAACUCACUGUGGAGCAAGAAAAGAGCAACGGGCUGGAUGCGGCUGGAAGCAGCGGUUGUGUCAAUAGCACCAGCAGCAGUCGAAGCAGCAGUAGCAGCAACUGUUCCAGCAUUACUAAUGGUGUUGAGAGCAGAAAAUCGGUAAACAACAACAGCGACCUGACCAACACCACCAACAGCGUUGCCGCCUGCUCCGCAGACACUAGCAAUAACAGUGAGCACUGCGUUGCUGACACCAACACCGAACCAAGCACCAAGAGCAACAGUUUACCAACUGGAUCAGAGGGUUUGAACAGCACCACGAGUCAAGUGAUCAUCGACAACACCAGCAAAUCAAAAACAAACUGUAACAGUCAUCACAGCAGCUUCAUUGUUUGUGAUCCAGAUGGGGCUCAUGCUGACGGGGCUGACGAUGAAAACAACAGCCACGUUCACAAGACCAACAGCAGCAGCAUUAGCAGUGAAAACUGCAGUUCCACCUGUGAUGACAGCGUUCCAAACAAGAAUAAUGCCAGCAAACCCCCAACUGAAAGCACCAGCACUACUGUCAUUACAACAAGCAACUCAUCUAUUAUAGAUGAGGGUGGAUGCAACAAAGACUUUCCCAUGAAAGGCAUGUCAAUCUUACAGAAGCUCAUUAAGGAGGAGGACCUAAUUAUCGGCGAGAGGGCACGGAAAGAGCUCAGAGUUGACCCCAUUAAGAUCAAUUUUAAAAGGCUGAAGAUGAACGAACCGCAGACCACAUCCGACGCUGUCCAUCAAGAACCCAAAUGUGACAUUGAGGUGUCGGCCUGCCAUACGUCUUUCUCACCACCCUGGGGCAACAAGACCCCGCAACAGCUGCAAAUCCUCCGGCAGGCUUUCUCCAACACUCGUUGGCCCAGCAGCCUUCAGUACGAAGAGUUAAGCAUUCAGACAGGCCUUCCUAAGUCAGAGGUAGUGCGCUGGUUCAGCGACAGUCGCUACAGCCACAAAAAUGGGCAGCUGAAGUGGUUGGAGACUUAUCAACGGUCUCCAGCGGAGUCAGAUGACGCAAGGAGCCACGGAGACACUGAGGCCGAGUCACAGAAAGACCCUUCACCGGCCAAAAAGAAACUCAUUGAGCAAGAAACGAUCAAGCACCCGGAAAGGAAAGCAGGGCUGGACUCAGGGCAGCAGCUUGUGUGGCAGGAUUCAUAUGAGCCGCUGCUCGCUCUGACGGGAUCCGAGACUGGUGGCAGGAAGCACGACAAACCUGAGGAGUCAGGUCAGACAGCAGUCCUGCAGGAUCCCUGGUCAGAAGGAGGAGAUGAGCACCAGCAGCCCACAGCGAGUCAUUCACUGAUCGAACAGCAGACUGACACCAACCAGGCCAGGGACCGCCUGAGGAUGGAGCUGCUGGAGGUGUGAUGAAGCACCGGACAAGUGACGCUUAAAGGCCGGCCUGCUCCCCUGGCUAUGAUUUGAGUUUUUUUGUUUUGUUUUUUUUUUAAACAACAAAAAAAAAAGUGUGUUCAUAAUGACAGCAGAUGUGAUUGUAGCUGGACCGCUGGACUCUGACUGAAACUGUGAAUAUCCCCCUCCCCCCUCGUCCGCCUCCUGCUCCUCCUCGUCUUCUUCUUCUUCUUCUUCCAUCUGCCAUCACUUCCUGCCACCGACAGAAGAAAAAGAACUUCUCACCUUUUGAGUCCUGUGAUGUUUUAAGCCUUUCAUGCUUUUUUGUGGUUGUGUGGGGAGGGUGCACAACGAGGUCAGUAUGAGGGAUCAAAGAAAAGAAAGAAAAGACGCACACUGACUGGAAAACUGACUUGAAUGAGCGAAAGUUAGGUUAGGAUAGGGCUGUAGGGAGAAUUAUAUAUAUAUAUAAACAUACAUAUAUAUAUAUAUAUAUAGUUGAAACUGCACUAUAAAAGAUGGUUUGUACUGCCUGGACAAACAAAAUAUGUGUUGAGGAAAUGUUAUUGUUGGCUUUGUGAUAUUUUUUACUCUUUUUUUUUUGUUCUGUUUUUUAGCAACCAGUACUUCAGCACUGCCUUGAAUUUUACUUUUUCUUUCCGUUAGUUGGGUUUUCAAUUCUAUCUACUCUUAUAUAGUCACUGUAAGUCCAGAUGCAAUCGAACACAUUUUAUUCAGAUCUGUAUUAAUGUCGGUGAUCACUUUGCAGUUCAGCUACACGCAAGAGGCUAUAUACAAUGCACUAACGAAGACGGCGAUGCUUAAAAAAAAAAAAAAACAGAAAUCAAUCUGCUUCACUGUAAAGGUAUUGACAGCUGUCAAGAUCAAUACACUACACUGCCCUGCAAACUGAACAGAGAGAAGCCUGUCACGCUACCGUUGCCUUACUCAGCUCUGUCUGUGUGUUUAUAUGAGUCGUCUGUUCAUCACCUUGCUUUCGAGCUACUGUGCUGUCCAGAAAUAAUGGUAAAAAAGCAACAAAAAAACAAAAAACAAAAAAAAAAAGCAAAAAACAAAAACAAAACAUUUUUAACUUGCCAGUGCAUUGAUGGUCACUGUUGGUCUAUAUCUGUGAAAAAAAAUCUUGUGCUGCUUUCUGUACACUUGGAGAUGUUCAACUUUAAGCUGUAAUUGUAUCGAACAUUGUUAACUGGCAGAAACAGAAGAAA